AGUAGUCUUAAACACUUCAAACUAAGUAUUGGUUUGGUCUUUAGGCUAUCUUUGGUCUUCUUGUGGUUGGUGUGUGCGUGUGUUUAUAUAUGCUGGUCUGAUUAUUUUGUGGUGUAUGUGCUCACUCUGUUGUUUAAUGUCCUUGGUGUGGUUUCUCACUGCUCAUAAGGCUCUCUGUUGCACUUCUGGUGUUAUGACUGUGAACUGUGUAACCUGUGUGUCCGAAAGAACACUCGGUGUCUGUCUCGUGUCACAACAAACGUCCUUGUGUGUUGCCCUGUAGUUGGAUUCAGCUUUGGACUCUGAUCCUCUUUAAAGAUAUUAGUGGUGUGGAGCUGUAAAGAGAUGCCAGUGUUGACUGUCUCAAAGUGGGAGGCCCUUAGCCAGACAUGUCACUAAGAUGCGUGUGUAAAGACACAAGCACAGAGAACGAUGUUAUUCCACACAUUAUCACUGGACCAUGAGAAUGUAAUAAUGAUCGGCAGGGUUUACGGGAGAAGAUUACAACAUUUAGAACAAUUUCUAUGCGUCCAAUAUUUAUGUCCUUUCCAUACUUCUAAUCAUAAAUACAUAUUCCAAAGUCUAAAAACAUGUUCAUGAUUUGUGGGAAACUGGUCCUGAGUAGCUGAGUAAGUAUGAGCUUUGUUAAUAAUUCUUCCGGACGCUAUAAUUGCAGUGUCUGAGACCUUGUGGAUCGUCGGCUGUCCAGUGCAUGAACUUGGACAAGCAUAAGAGCUGUUUUCUCCAGUCUUUCAUUACCAUCAUUAUUAUAACAUUGUAAAUACAGUGUAGUCUUGUUCGUUUUAGUCUUGUUCAUAAAACUGUACUUAAGUGAAAGUAAUGUUUCAAAAUCUUAGUUAAAAGUGGACGUAACAGCAAUAAAAAAAAGAAAGAUUUGAGUAAGACAAGGGAAUGGUUUUAACUGAGAUUAGAAAUCAGGCCAUUGUUUUAUUAACAUGGUCUCUCACAUGCAACUUUACUACUUGAAUAACUAUAAGAAAUGAUAUCAGAAGUUAUUAAGGUUAAGGUUAGGGUUAGAGGAGGGAGUUAGUGUUUGUAUUUGCACUUGUCUUUGCUUGUUUGAAUUCAUGUGAAUAGUUUAUGAGAGCAGGUUCUUUUGUUUUCAUUCAUUCAGUCAUCUUCAUUUAUGACUUUACCAUGGUCAGGUGUGUGGAAGAUCCUGAGACUAUCCUGGGAAUACUGGGUGUGAUGUGGGAACAUCGCAGGACAUUUAGACUUGCCAGUGAUUUGGGGACGUGGGAGGAAACCAGAGUUAAUGAAUUAUUUUUAAAGUGUUAACUAAUAAAUGGGUUCUUCUCAAGCACGGUACACAGUAGAUUGUACCUUUCUCAGGGCCUUUGCGACUGCAACACCAUUAUUUGGACACUUUAUUUGUGUUGUAAUGAGUUUGUUGUAUUUGCUGGGAUUUGAUAUUUGCUGAAAUCCAUUAGCUUAUUAUUCAGUGGCUGAGGAAUGCCUUCCCUACAUACACAGACUAAACCUCAUUUGUGUGACCGAAGAAAUGGUUAUUUGGAAUUAAACGUCUCUUUCAUCACCCAGCCCUCAAAAUCCAACACACACACACACACACACACACACACACACGCACGUAGACAGCUCAUGAUCGGUCUUGAGGUGGCUUACCAGAGCCAGUAAUCUAGGGGGCAGUGACAUCACUCAUCUCAAAUUGUGUGUAUCUGAGGAUUAAGAAGGUCACGGGGAGGAGGAGUGUGCAGUUGUGUGACCUGUUACGCAGUUUUAGUGCAGGACCAUUUCCAACAUUUCGACACACACACACACACACACACACACACACACACACGGGUGUUCUUGUACUCACACACUCGUUGAGCAGACGCCUACAUGAUGGAAGGCAUAGCAGCAGCAGCAAUGGCAGAAGCACACAUGGAGGAACUGGUGGAGCAAUCUGAAGCAGCUGAAGAUAGAGAAGCUCAGCUGAGAGAACUGUACCACGACGGUCCUCUCUUUGCACCUGAAGUAGACUUCAUAGUAGACGAGCACAGCUCAGCGCACAGUAACAUGGAGGUGACGGACAGGCUCAUGUACCUGGAGCAGCGCCUCCAGAUGCAGGAGGAUGAAGUGCAGCUGCUGAAGAUAGCUCUGGCUGAUGUGCUCAAGAGACUCAACAUUUCAGAGGCACAAACUGCUGCUCUCACCAAGAGAGGGCCUGUUAAAGCAUCAAGGCCUGUGUCUUUAUCCCUGCCACCCAGAACACCCAGCAAUACCUCCAGCUCCCUGAAGAAGAGCUCUGUCUCCACACUACCCUCUUCCACAUCCUCUAAGAAGUACAACCCUUUGCCAGCCAGCAAAAGAAGUCCAGCAAGCAGCGCAAAAGACAGUUCGAGUGUUCCCGCAAGCCGACGCACUGCUCUGACAGCCAGCACCACCACAACCCCCUGUAAGAAACUUCAAGAGAGCAGCAAACCGAAGGAGACCUUCGCAAGUGUUGUAGCAACCCACCGUGUUACCCACUGCAAAGUGACUAUGCAGAUCUAUCUGAGCCACCCAGCAAAAAAGACUGGAACUUCUGAGAAUGCAGUUGCUGCAGCCGUGCAGCUGAAUGUGUGCCCAUCUGCCAGUGGUCCAUGUCCAGAUAAAGCAGCCUCAGACAAGAGGAAAGUAGGAACUGGGAAGAAGCCUCCCUGCACACUAUCCCUGCACAGGAGCACAUGUCAGAGCCCCUUUUCCCCUGCUGAAACCCCCAUCUACAAGAGUCCCAUCAAGUCCCCUAGCCAGUAUUUCCAGAUCUGUUACUAAACACACAGUAUAGUAGAACCUGGACAAUUGAUCUGUAGUUCGUAAGUUACUAAAUAAAAGCUGUUGAUUGGUGACUGUUGGAAGUGACAUGUUGGCUAAUUCUUAUUAACUCUCUAAUGACUGGCAUUGAUUUUAAUUAUUUUGGUUUUGAUAAUGUGAAUUUAUGGGAUCUUAUUUGUCGGGUGACAUACAGUCAUGUGGGGGAAAAAAAAUAGGUACACCCCAUGGAAAUUGUUGUUUUUUGGACAAGCAAACAUGAAACAGUGCUUAUUAAUAAAGCUGAUACACUCUAUCAAAUGACAUUUCAUUUUCAAACAGAUCAGUCACAUGGAAAAACUAAGUACACCCCUACACCUUCAAAUCCAUAAAAUUAGGAUCAGGUGUUCAAGAUUGGGUGCCAGUGAUUAGAACUUGCUUAGGCAUCACAGAAGAACGUCAGACCUAUUGAUAUUUCUGUUCAAUAAAUGAUUGAAAAAGCUCAUUUGCCCUUGUGGUUUUGUUCAAAUAGCCUAUAUCAACUGUAUUAAUAGGCACUGUUUCAAAGAUGAUCAGAUGUUUGCUUGUCCAAAUAUGUCAAAAAGGCCAACAGUUUCCCUGGGGUGUACUUAUUUUUUCACAUGACUGUAAGUAAAGUUAUGGGACAUUUUUGAAAAUCGUACCACUAGUUAGUCAUUUUUCUCAUUCUUGUCCGCUGUCUUCUAUUUGACUUUCUUAUUACUUACCAUAUUGACAUGUCUUUGAAGAAAAACAAAAAACAACAAACAUUUCCCUGUAUUGCUUCUCUAAUUGAGAGGCGGUUAAAAAAAUCAUUCAGUGAUUGAAUCAAUCAUUCAAAAAUCAAUCAUAAAUGCAACUUUAAAAGUAACCAAUAUUUAGAAUGAAAAUAAUUGUAGAGGGCUUGAGUAAUAGUUUGACAGCCAAAAUGUUGAAAUCAGAUAUAUUUAUGCCUUAGGAGCAAUACAAUACAAUGCCAUAACAUCUCUCUGUGUUUCAUGUUUAAAUACUGGGCUGGGGUCUGAUAGUAAGUCAAUGGAUUUGCUGCACAUGGAAUUUUUCAGCGUUUUAGCAAAAAAAAUUUUGUUGUAGUGUUGGGACAAUCGCAGUGUUGCCCUGCAUGAACACUGCACUGUUUAAUUCAACAAUGAGUGAGUGUACCACUGGAAAGUAUUAUGUAUUAUGAUUUUUUUAAAUACCUAAAAAGACUUCCUGUUUGAAUGAUGAAUACUUGCUUAUUUAGGAUCUGCCUAAACCAGUGGUUCUUACAGUGUAGCC